CGGGAUACAGCGAACGUCAUCCGGGUUAUAACGAAGGAGACCUACACUAUAGCGAAAGAGACCCGGAUCACAGCGAAGAAGACCCAGACUACAGCGAAAGAAAUCCGGGUUAUAGCGAAGGGGACCCGGAAUACAGCAAACCAGAACCGGGUUACAAAGAAAGAGACCCAGAAUGCAGCGAAGGAGACUCGGGUUACAGUGAAGGGAACCCGGAACACAUCGACAGAACGGACACGGGCAACACAAGUAACCCAGUGAUCGGAGGAGAAGGAGAAGGAGAAGGAGUAGGAGGACAAGAUGGAGAAACAAGAAGAGAGGAGGAAGGACUCGAAGCAGGAAUAGGAAAACCAGAAGAAGAAGAAGAAGGAGGAAAACUAAGAGGAGACGAAGUAGGAAUCGGACCAGGAACAGAAGGAGAAACAGCAGGAGCAGAAGCAGGAACAUCAGGAGUAGGAGUAGACGGAGAGGUACGAGUGGGGGGAGCGGGAGGGGGAGUGAGCAGGAAGGAGGAUGCCUCGCCACUGUACCACCCCGACAGCCCGUUCUUCAUUAACCUCCCAGGCACACCCAACGCCGUGCCAGUAUUCCUCACUUACGAACCGGUGCAAGUCAAGUACAUACCCACUGAACAGCUAACGGGAGGAGGAGGAGGAGGAGGAGGAGGAGGAGGAGGAGGAAGAGAGGUAGAGUUAGAGGAGGAGGUGGGAGUGACCUUGUUUGAGAAUGGAGGACUUGAAGAGGAGGCGGUUACUGAGGCGAGUCAAGGCACCCCUCAAGAAGAAGUGGUGAGUGAAGGCGAAGGAGAAGUGAGGAGGGUGGAUGUAGUGGAGGUCAAGGAGGAGGAUGGAGGUAAGCCAAGUCGAGAGGCCGCCCCCAGCGCCUCCUCCCUCACCGGCUCCUUCAUGAACGGCCUCUACCGCAUCCUGGACGACGUGACGGCGGCGGUGAACGACUACACGCACCAGCACCACCAGAACGACCACAAGAACGAUCAAGAGAACGACCACAAGAACGAAGACAAGAACAAUUACAACCACCACCAGAGCGGCUACCACAACGAGCCCUACGACCAGAGCAACCACCAAAACGACUACCACAACGACCACUAUCAGAACCACCAGAACGACAAUCACCACCCAGGCUACACACACCAUUACCACCCUAAGAAUCACCAGCAGCAGGGCGAGGCGACGGCGACGGCGGCGGUGGUGGAGGAGCAGGCGGAGAGCAGAGAGGCGGUGGACGGGACAAAGCGGCUGCAGGAGGUGAAGCACAGACUGGUGGCGCAGCUCAAGGCGGAGGAGGAGGCGAAGGAGGCGGAGGAGGAGGCGGAGGAGGCUGGAGUGUUGAAGGAGACGGAGAUGUUUGAAGGAGGGGACCACCACGCCCCUCACAUCCCCCUCUCCUUCUCCCCGCCGCCGCCCAGGCCAGACCCCUUCUUCCUGAUGGAGGCACCGCAGCUCGGCACCCACGUCACCCCGCCCACGAGGCCUCACGUGGGCGGAGUGUCUGUGGGCGGCGCCGGAGGUGACUACUCGGUGCAGGUCUCAAGUAAAUUCGGCAUUGAUGAGGAGAUUGGCGGCGGGAGGCCAGUGGGAGGGGGUUUCAAGGGCACCGUUGAGGACCUUGGCACUGUAGGGAAGAUUGGCACUGUGAGAGGCACUGCAGAGGACGCUGUAUAUGGCGGUAAGGAGCCCACGCGUGCCCCCGACGACCAUGUAAGAAGGCUAAGGACGAAGGGAGAAGUUGAGCUGCUAGAGGCCGACGAAGAGGAGGAUGGCACAGCAAGAGGCGCAGAAGGGAAGGUUAGGGAGGGUAGCGCCGCAAGGGAAGACAUCGAGGCGCUGACCCAUGACUUCUCGCCAUCCGCCUCCAGGCACGACGCUUACCAGGGCCUCAACCUCGACCUGCUGAGUAACCGCGUGUUCCAGCUGCUGACGCCGCCGCCGCCCUCCGCCCACGAGCAUCGCCUCAACCCCCAGUAUACGCCCUUCCCCAUCACCACCAACCCCCCGCGCACAACCCCCGUCACCCUCACGCCGAUCCCCACAAGACCCCCAGGAACGCCCCCCAGCAUGGUGUUUUCUCCCAUCCCCGAGGCUGACUUCGUGGACGCCUUCUCCCCAGCCGUUCUUCCUGAGGGUGUUGAUGAGGAGGAGAACGCCAUCUUGGAGUCCCCCAGCCCCCCCAGGGUCAUCGCCGGCGACCCCAUCCAACCCGGAGGUGACAACCCCAUCAGAAGGGUCUCCGCCGCCCCGCUGAGGAUAUCUAACGAAGGUGUGUACAGCGGCGGCCUCUCAGACACCACGACGCAGGCCAUGACGGGGGGUGGUGGUGGUGGUGAUGACGGCCACCCGACGGACUUCACGGCUCACGAACAGGUGUGGUCCUUCCCCAAGACCCGCGAGGAGGACCCGUGGAUACCGAAGGAGAGGAAAGUGGAGAAGAUGGGCGAAGUGGAAGAGGAGAAGGAAGAGAUAAACGAGGAGGCGGAGAAAGAGGAGGAGGAGGAGGAGGAGGAGGAAGAGGAAAAGGUCCCCCUAACCACCCCGCAGGACUCCCCCGCCCGAGUGUACACCGCCUUCUACUCCCCCCGAGAGAUCCCAGGCAUCGACCCGUCCCUCUUCGGCUAUAGAAAGAUGCCCCAGCCAGGGAAAGGCGACCCCCAGACACCCCAGGGCACCCCGUGGAAGGAGAGACCAGAAGCGCAUCACCCCCUGGGCCCCGAAUUCCACGAGUACCUGAUGAACCUCCCCCCAGAUACCCUGAUGCGGUUCCUGCAGCCCGGUGCGAUGAGAGCGAAGCGCGCGGCCAGCGAGGGGGAGCAGAUCUAUUGUGAAUGGAACAUCAAGACUGAACCCGGCCUAUAUCUGCUGCUCACCUUCCAUAACCUGUCGGCGGCGUACUCGGUGGACUGUCACGGCGCAUACAUCGAGGUGGAGCGGGAGAACAACGGCUACGAUGCGCGGUGGUGCGGCAACAGAGUAUCCCCUGGUGGCACGCGACCCCAUGUGAUCUUCGCCAAGUCAGAGGUUCGCGUGACGGUAUACGAUGACGGUGACCACUCCAAGAGCACUCCAACGGGCUUCACCGCCGACGUGGAAGUCAUCGACUUGUUCAACGCCAGGGAUUACAACGCCUUCAUGAGAUCCAACGCCCACCCACACAUCCGCCGCCUCCUGCAUGGAUGAACGUCUGGAGGAAGUGGGUGAAAAAGGAACGUGGAUUAGGAAAGGGUGUUAAAGGAUGAGG